AUGCAGCCUCUUUCUACGGUGCAGCUCGGUCCUGAAGUCGUCUUUAUCUUGACUACAUGCAUAUACACCACAUCAUGUCACUUCUUUCCUCUGGCAACUGAGCCGACUGUCCACAGGUUGACUAAGGCCUCUUCUGAAAACUACAUUGUCAUGGCCCGCCCAACUCCUAUCUGUUUGCACCACCCCAUCUCAGGAAAGCAGCAACAUACACACACACACAUACACAAACACAUAUUCACAUAUGCAUACAUUCCAGUGACUUGUGUCUGCUUUAUCUACUCUUGUCUUUUCUGCAUGAACACCUCAACGACUGUGGGCCUAGGCAGCAAACGCCCGGCGGAAAUCACAGUUGUGCCGACCCUAGCCACGGAAACUGCCGACCACACGAGCUGCCAUCUUCGCGCCAUCACAUGUGCGCACACAUACAUGUCGACAGACAUGUGCACUGACACAAGCUGGCGGGCGGAUUUGCACGUUAUUGGCCCAAUCGGCCACUUGCGGAUCCGGUCUGUUGGGAACAAGCAAGAGAGGACCCAGCAGUUGGGACCUUUCCACACUGUCCGCAGAACAUCACCUCGCCGAGAAGAACAGUUGAUGUGUCCGAAACGAUCCAGUCUUGAUGCUCGGCGCAAACAGACGAACUUCAGGCCGCUCAGCCGGCCCGGCGGAGGAUCGAGAAUUAGCUUGUAG